AUGGCAUAUUAGGGUGUAAAUCCUGAACUGAUUAUCCUCGUUGAUCAAACAAGGUCCUAUAAAACUCUUGAAAAGCUAGACAUACUGUCAUUAUUCCUAGAAAAGAACUUUAGUAGUGCCAUGAGAUCUCAAAAUGCUAAGAGAAUGAAGUAAACUCACUCACAUUAUGUUCUUGACUAGUACCUUGUAAAUGAGUUCUUUCAUAAUUUACCGCUAAUCUUAAGACUUUUGUUUCCAUCACAUCAAGAUGAUGGGUGGUUUGCUGAAUUUUAGAAUAUAAGAGACUAAUUACUGGGAGAUAAAUUUGAUUUCGUGUAGAUGGAAUGGUGUGAUCUGGUCAAUUUCACUUCAAAACUUAUGGAUCUAUAUCAAAUAUAGUUAGCCAAUGUCUGCCUUGAGUAUUAAAAUUUUUUGAGAAUCUCAGCUAAUUCACCAGGCUGCCUCUCUUUUAACAUCGAUGAUAUACUGCCUAUGCACACAAGAAUGAUUAUUCAAGCUAAGCAAUUUGAGUACUUACCUACUUUAUAUCAUAACUUAACUGAAUAAAUUCAGCUUCAGAGAACCGCUUUAGAUAAUCUUCAAAUCAUUUUGAAUCCUUGGGAAUAAUUUGUGAUGCAUUUUAUGAGAAGUAUGGCUUUCAAAAUAGACUAUACUUAGCCAUUCGUCAAUUCCUUACUCCUCAGGUAAAUUUUGAAGAAAACAAACGUUGUGAUUAUGGAUGAGACUGCUGUCACUGAAUCGAGACUUGAUUAUCAAAGAGUCAUGACAAUUAAUUUCACAAGACUUCUAGCAUCACUUAUCGAUGAGAGAUAUAAACUUGUUUAUUAACAAAGAGCUGCAUCAUUCUAGUUUUGUGAUUAAUUUGUUCUAGCUUUUGAAGAGUAUAUUAUGAAUCCAUUGAUUCACUAUGAACUAAAUGAAACCACUCAACUUAAUACUACCAAAAGAUAUAGAUUAGCUGAUAAACUUUUAUGUAAUACUUAGCAUCUUGAGUCUGCCUAUAUUUUCAUAAGCUUAUUACAAAAUAUUAGACUUCAAUUCAAUACUGAUUAAUACUAAACUCAUUUAGUUAGAAAUCAAUUCAUAAAUGACUAGAAAGUAAACUAUCUCAUUGAGUUGAAAGGAACUUUAUACAAGUACUUUAAAACACUGUUCAAGAUAAUUCAUUAAAAUAGUAAUGAGUCCUUGAUAGUUUAAAAUUAGCUUAUGAUCUCUCAGUCUUUUAGAGCUAAUAAGGUGGCUGAUGUUGCUAAGCUUUGGCUGUAGAUGCUGAGACCAUGGGACUCGGAAAAUCAAUUCAUCCAGGUAUGUCUGAGUCUUAAUCGACCUGAUGAUGAUAACUUCUUGGAACUUGUUGAUGAAAAAGGUAGAAUUGACUUGGAGGUAUUUAAUAUUCUUAGUCACACAAGUAUACCAUCUCUGACUAAGAAAUUUGAUAUAAGAGAGCUUAAAACUGUAGUAGAAAGAGAAGAAUUCAGAGCACUAUGGGAGAAUUAUAUUACUGAAUUCUAAGUUUUUUAUUUCGAUUUAUUUGUUGACUAUCUAGUGGCUAUAAUCAAGUAAGGGGUUUAUACUGUCGAAGAUAUUGUAGUGUUCAAUGACGUAAUGGAGAUUUUUGGAAUAGUAAUUGAAGAGGAUGAAAGAGCAAAUUAAGAUGCUGAAAUGAUUUCCUUACAAUCAGGCAGUUCUAAUUACGUUAACCCUUAUGAAGGGAAAAAUCUUUAUAUUAUCGAUGGAAUUUUAACAUCAGAUAAAUUCUGCUAUCUUACUAAAACUUAUUUCAAUGAAACUGAAUUUAGAGAGUAUUACCCUAAAGAGGAAGAGAGAAAUGAUCAAGUUAAAGCUUUUAUAGAAUAAGAUUUUUGGAAGUUACUUAAGAAGGCAUUUACCAAACUUAAGACCUCAGAUAUUCCUGCAUCUCUACAUCCACUUAUUAAGGAAUCAAUGAAGUCUGAUUAAUAAAUAUUAGACCUCCUUAACGAUUCAGAAACAAAGAUUGUAACUUUGGAAUGCGAAUUUCAAGAUAUCUUAACUAAAGGCUAGAAUUAAUCUAUGAUGGAAAGAGGAAGCAUAAGAAAUAAGGAAUUUUCUUUAGUAAAGCAUGGAAUGACUCUUAGAAAGCAAUAUAUGGAGGGAGGAGUAAUUAAAGAUUAAAAAAUAAAUUAAACCUAUAAUCUCUCUUCUUUUAAAUAAGGACAGCCUGAGCCAUUAUUUAAAACCAAAGAUAUAAAUAGGACAACUAUCCCUUCAAAUAAGCAAGGAUUUUUAUUAGGAGAAGAACCCUCUAAUUUAGAACCAAGAAAUUUGUUCGAUAGAAGAAUGACCUAACCUAUUAACAAAACUAAUUACAAUUUAAGAAUGAGUCCAACAAGAUCAUUAUCACGAGGAUAAUAACCAAGUCUAAGGUAGAGAGGAUUUACUAGAUUCGAAGAUGAGUCAGAAAUCUACAGAGACUAUGAUGAAAUAAGCGUAAGGUAAUCAAAGGGUAAAAAUCAACCAAGGCAGAGUUUAAGAAGAAUAAAUAAGGAGAUGACAUUCACAUAGUAUAAAGGAAAUUAAUGGGAUAAGCCUCUUGGAAAAGGAGAGUAUAGAAUAAUUUACUACUCGCUAAUGUAUAUUUCCUACUUUAUUGAUUGGGUCAUGAAAGUAAAGACCGAAAGAAGAUUUUUAUAGAUGCCUUAAUCUCAGUUUUUAAGAUAGUUUGUUGAAAUUUAUGCUCUUAUUAGGAUGAUUUUAUACACAUUGCUGUGCUAUUUCUUAGUGUUUUAUGUGAUUUUUAAACGACAAAAUUGA